UCUCAUUGUGAUCGUAAUUCGAUUAUAUUUCAUCAUUGGUUUUUCGCGGAUUCAUGUGAUGAAGUGAAUCUUCGAAUUCAUAUUAUGUACUACUCGUCUCCUCUUCUCUUUCCCUUUUCCAUUGAUUAUUUGAUUUGAGUUGUAAUUUCAUGGUGUUCUCAGCAUUGUCGACUGCCGCUGCUCGCUACCCUUGCUUCAGUGAUUUUCUUUUUCUACGUUGGUAACAAGUUUUAGUUCCAAGUAUGUUAGUUGUUGUUUCGCAAGCAACUUCGAAGACGAAUGUGAUUUUAAUUUUUUAGAGUUUAGCAAUUCCGUAAAGUUUCUUGCCCAAAAAUGAUGCGUUGCUCAAAAAGAACAAGGACUGAAGAGGAUCGAAAUGAUUGGAUUAGUCAGCUUCCGGAAUCUGUUCUUGUUGAUAUUCUUUCAUAUUUACCAACAAGGGAUGCUGUAAAGAUGGCAUUGAUUUCAAGAUUCAGGAAUCUUUGGACCUAUAUUCAUCAUCUUUCCUUUGAUGAAUGUGCAUAUCAUGACCACAAUAUAUAUGAUGGUGAAAAUUAUGAUGGACCACACUAUGAUGAAAGGUUUCUAAAUCUUAUUCGUCAUGUCUUGAUACUUCAUGAACGUACUAUAAUCGAUGAGUUUCAUCUCAAAUUUGCUUUCAAUUUGUUUAAUGCUAUUCAUGAUGAUCAAUAUAAUUCUGAUGGGUACGCAUCUAAAGAGAGACGAAUGGCAAGUGAGCUUACUACAUGGAUUAAAUUUUCUUUGAGGAAACAAGUUAAGGUUCUUGAUAUUGAUUUAUUAGGAUGUGGUUUGUCAGAGCCAGAAGUAAAUUAUGAACUGCCUACUAGUAUUUUAACUAAUAAGUAUCUAAAGGAGCUUAGUUUGACUGGCUGUGGAAUCGAGGAAAAAGGGCGUAUUCAGUUAACGUCGCUCUCUAAGCUCUCUCUCAAGGAAAUAAUGUUGAGUGAUAAGAUUAUGGGCGAAAUCCUUAUAGGAUGCCCGAUGCUUGAAGAACUUUCUCUAGAUGGAUGUUGUGGUCUUCAUAAGCUGAAGUUGACUACUUCUAACAUCAAGAGGUUGAAGAUUAUUGUUGGAUGGAGAAAUGAGAUGUCAAAUUCAAGGUUGGAGAUUAGCUGUCCUGGUCUCAAAUCAUUAGAACUGGCUGGAGCAAUACAUCUUGUACAGUUGAAGUAUUCUGCUUCUAUUUUCGACGCCUCCCUUUAUUACAGCCGCACCUUCAUGUGUGAACGCAGGAUAUAUGAAAAAGUUCAAAUGCUGCUGUGGAAACUAGCUGAAGUCAGUGUUUUCAUACCAUGCACAUGGACAACUUUGAUCUUCACAAUAUGGGAUUUGACAUAUGUCCCAAUUCCUGUCGCUGGUUGGAAAUCUGUAGAGUUCAGACUUCUUUUCACAAAGUGGCACAUGCCUGGAAUAUGCAGCAUUCUCAGGAAUUCACAUUGGUUGGAAACACUGACUUUCUACAUUUACCCAGGAUCAUACUCAACAUUCUUGACUGAGGAAGCCAAGUGGAUGGAGGCUUAUGAUUUUGAUGGUAAGUCUUACUGGAAGUCACAGAAUGGCGAUUUCCGUGGCGGCCUUAGAAAGUACCUCAAGACCGUUAAGAUAUACGGAUAUGUAACGGAGCCAUAUGUAUUGGAGCUUAUUGAAUUUCUAUUGAAGAAUGCCUUGGUCCUGGAAAAGAUGGUCAUUUCCACCAAGAAGACUCUCCAGCCCAUUCACCAAUAUGAAUUAUUCAAAGACGCUGUUUUCGAUCAGGAGGAUCGAUUCACUCCUAAGGAACUACUUCAGUUUUCUCAGAAAUUGUUAACUCUUCCAAGGGCCUCCAAGUCCGCUGUAAUUCAGUUCUGCUAAUGUUUAUAUUGUACCGAUAAUCCCAAGAUCAAUUCUUGUGGUCUAUGUUUGAUCUCAAUGUAGUUGAGAAAUAUGUAGUGGGAGGCUACUCUUCUUGAACUGCCUUUUGUAAUGGAAUCUUGGUAACUUCUCUUUAUUUUUGUUUACGUAAGGAAUGACCACCAACGUUUUAUUUAUUUAUUUUGAUAGCAGGGUUUUCUUUUUGACAUUUUUUUGUUUUGAGUUUUCCUAGCAAAGCUACAGAAUAUUUAUCAAGAUAUAUGUGAAUUAGUAUAUAUGAGAGAGGGUCACAAGGUUCUCCAA